UUUGAAUAAAAGUAUUUUCUUUGAAAAUUGAAGAUCAAAGCAGCACUGCUGGCAUUUAUGAAUAAUUAUCAAUGAAGCAAAGUGGUAUUCAAUGUGGCUGUCAAUCGAGAAAAUUAUUUUGUUAAAUAAUAAGGAAAUAUAAGAAAUUCUAAGUGAUGCUUGCAAUCCUUUCUGGUGUAAAUUAUAUUUCUUCUUAUCGCCUUUUAAGAGCGUAUAAAACUUGGCAAAAAGUUAUCAUGAAAGAAGAACCAAUGCCACGAAGCAGAUCUGAUCCAGUAAUUAAAAAACUGGAUAGUCCAUUGUUUCAUUCUAUAUUUACACCAGAACUUAAUACUUUAGCACAAUUGUUUAGAAAGUAUAAUUACCAACUAAAACUUGCUGGUGGUGCUGUCAGAGAUAUUUUAAUGGAUAUAAAACCUGUAGAUUUAGAUUUUGCGACAGAUGCUACCCCAGAGGAAAUGAAAAGUAUGUUUGAAAAAGAAAAUAUCAGAAUGAUUAAUAAUAAAGGGGAAAAACAUGGUACAAUUACUUCAAGAAUAAAUGAUAAAGAAAAUUUUGAAGUAACUACACUUAGAAUCGACACACACACUGAUGGUAGACAUGCAGAAGUCAAAUUUACACAAGAUUGGAAACUAGAUGCUCUUCGUAGAGAUCUGACAAUAAAUUCCAUGUUUCUUGAUUUUGAAGGAAGAAUAUAUGAUUAUUUCUUCGGUUAUGAUGAUUUACAGAAACGAAGAGUUGCUUUUGUAGGAAAUCCAACAUAUAGAAUUAAGGAAGAUUAUCUUCGAAUUUUAAGGUAUUUUCGAUUUUAUGGAAGAAUUGCAGAACAACCAGAUAUUCAUGAUGAAUCAACUAUAAUAGCAAUAAAAGAAAAUAUACAUGGAUUAGAAGAAAUAUCUGGAGAAAGAAUUUGGAAUGAAUGGUCAAAAAUCCUUUCUGGAAAUUAUGCUAAAGAACUAACUUUGAAAUUGUUAGAAUGUGGCAUCACAAGAUAUGUGGGACUUCCAGAAAAUCCAAAUAUAAAAAACUUUGAGAUCGUUCACGAUACAUCUAAGAAAAAUAAUAUUUCUUUGCAACCAAUUACUUAUCUUGCUGUAAUGCUAAAAGAUGAAAAUGAAGUAUUGCAACUUCAUAAUAGAUUAAAGUUAUCUGCAUAUGAAAGAGAUUUAGCAUUAUUUUUAGUUAGAUACGGGGAAGAUAAACCUUCAGUAAAUCUAAAAUUUUACAAAGGAGUUCUUAUUCAUUGGAAAGGAAAUGUUAUUAAUGCAAGAAGUUAUAUUUGUGAAUUAUUAAACUCUAAACAAUAUUUUAGUCUUGCUAAAGAUGUAGAAAAAUUAGUAAUACCAAGAUUUCCAGUUAGUGGAGACAUGUUAAAACAAUAUGUUAAGAAGGGGAAAAUGAUGGGUAUUGUUAUUAAGGAAUUAAAAGAUAUUUGGUUGGACAAAGAUUUUGACACAAAUGCAGAAGAACUAUUACAGGAGGUCCCACGAAUUAUUAGUGAAUUAGAGGAUAAAAAAUUAGAAAAAGAUAACAUGUUUUUAAGUAAAUAAAUUUUGAUGAAACUAUA